UUCAAGUUAUUACAAGCACCAUUUACCGACUGUGGAGAUGGACCAAUGUUGAGACUGGAAGAACUUGGGGAUCAACGUCAUGCUCCUUUCAGACACAUAUGCCGACUUUGUUACCGAGUCCUUAGACACUCCCAGCAGGACUACAGGAAGAAUCAGGAAUAUAUAGCCAAGCAGUUUGGUUUUAUGCAAAAACAAAUCGGUUACGAUGUCUUGGCAGAAGACACCAUCACAGCAUUGCUUCAUAACAAUCGCAAACUGCUGGAGAAGCAUAUCACAGCUGCUGAGAUUGACACCUUUGUUAGUCUUGUAAGAAAAAACAGAGAGCCCAGGUUUUUGGAUUACCUCUCAGAUCUUUGUGUUUCCAUGAACAAAUCUAUUCCAGUGACACAGGAGCUGAUUUGUAAAGCUGUGUUAAACCCUGCAAAUGCAGAUAUACUAAUUGAAACAAAGCUGGUCCUGUCUCGGUUUGAAUUUGAAGAAUUAUCAUCCGGAGAAAACUCAUUGGAGGUUGGUGAGGAUGAGGAAGAAGUCUGGUUAUUCUGGAAUGACAGCAACAAAGAGGUCCGCAGUAAAAGUAUCAGAGAGCUGGCUCAGGAUGCUAAAGAAGGGCAGAAGGAAGACCGGGAUAUACUCAGCUACUACAGGUACCAGCUGAAUCUUUUUGCCAGGAUGUGUCUUGAUCGGCAGUAUUUGGCUAUAAAUGAAAUAUCUGGCCAACUUGAUGUAGACCUCAUCCUUCGAUGCAUGUCUGAUGAAAAUCUACCAUAUGACUUGAGGGCUUCCUUUUGCCGGCUGAUGCUGCACAUGCACGUUGACCGUGAUCCCCAAGAACAAGUGACGCCCGUGAAAUAUGCCCGGUUGUGGUCAGAAAUACCUUCUGAAAUUGCUAUUGAUGACUAUGAUAGCAGUGGAACUUCCAAAGAUGAAAUUAAAGAGAGGUUUGCACAGACCAUGGACUUUGUGGAAGAAUAUUUAAGAGAUGUUGUCUGCCAGAGAUUCCCAUUCUCUGAUAAAGAAAAAAACAAACUCACUUUUGAGGUGGUAAAUUUGGCCAGAAACCUAAUUUAUUUUGGCUUCUACAAUUUUUGUGACCUCCUAAGACUAACAAAAAUCCUCCUGGCUAUUUUGGACUGCGUACAUGUUGCUACUAUUUUUCCUGUAGCCAAAGUGGCAAAAGGAGAAGAAAGUAAAGGGAGCAAUGUGAUGAGAUCAAUUCAUGGAGUGGGAGAACUGAUGACCCAAGUUGUACUCAGGGGUGGUGGGUUCUUGCCCAUAACACCGCUUGCUGCUGCCCCAGAAGGUAAUGUGAAACAGGCUGAACCUGAGAAAGAGGACAUCUUGGUAAUGGACACCAAGCUGAAAAUCAUUGAAAUACUUCAGUUUAUUUUGAAUGUGAGAUUGGAUUACAGAAUCUCCUGCCUUCUGUGUAUAUUCAAGUGUGAGUUUGAUGAAAGCAAUGCCCAGACACCCGACUCUCCUACAGGAAGCAAUAACCAAGAAUUGCCAAAUGUACCAGGAGCUCUUGACUUUGAACAUAUUGAAGAACAAGCGGAGGGCAUAUUUGGAGGCAGUGAAGAGAAUACACCACUAGAUUUGGAUGAUCAUGGCGGCAGAACGUUCCUUAGAGUAUUGCUCCAUUUAACAAUGCAUGAUUAUCCUCCGCUGGUAUCUGGAGCACUUCAGCUACUCUUCAGGCAUUUUAGUCAGAGACAAGAAGUCCUUCAAGCCUUUAAGCAGGUUCAACUACUUGUUACCAGCCAAGAUGUUGACAACUACAAGCAGAUAAAACAAGAUUUGGAUCAGCUAAGAUCUAUUGUGGAAAAAUCAGAGCUGUGGGUAUACAAAGGCCAGGGACCGGAUGAGGCAAUGGAUGUGGCAGUGGGAGAAAAUGAACAUAAGAAGAAGGAGGAAGGCCACAGCAAAUCCCGGAAACCUGAAAGCACUAGUAGCUAUAAUUACAGGGUUGUAAAAGAGAUUUUGCUUCGGCUUAGCAAGCUUUGCGUCCAAGAGAGCAUCGUGGUCAGGAAAAGCCGGAAGCAGCAGCAGAGGUUACUUCGAAACAUGGGAGCUCACACUGUGGUUCUAGAGCUCUUACAGAUCCCGUAUGAGAAAGCUGAGGAUACAAGGAUGCAGGAGAUCAUGAAACUUGCUCACGAGUUUCUGCAAAACUUCUGUGCUGGCAAUCAACAGAAUCAGGCCUUGCUGCACAAACAUAUAAAUCUGUUUCUUAACCCUGGGAUCUUGGAGGCGGUGACAAUGCAGCAUAUCUUCAUGAAUAAUUUCCAGCUUUGCAGUGAGAUUAACGAGCGGGUGGUUCAGCACUUCGUGCACUGUAUUGAAACCCAUGGAAGGAAUGUCCAAUACAUAAAGUUCCUACAGACAAUAGUCAAGGCUGAGGGAAAGUUCAUUAAGAAGUGUCAGGAUAUGGUCAUGGCUGAGCUUGUCAAUGCGGGAGAAGAUGUCCUUGUGUUCUACAACGACAGAGCCUCUUUCCAAACACUUGUGCAGAUGAUGAGAUCUGAGCGGGACAGGAUGGAUGAGAACAGCUCUCUGAUGUAUCAUAUCCAUUUAGUGGAGCUGUUGGCUGUCUGCACUGAGGGCAAAAAUGUCUACACGGAAAUCAAGUGCAAUUCCCUCCUCCCUUUAGAUGAUAUUGUUAGAGUUGUAACCCAUGAAGACUGUAUACCUGAGGUUAAAAUUGCCUAUAUCAAUUUCCUGAAUCAUUGCUACGUAGACACAGAAGUUGAAAUGAAAGAGAUUUACACGAGCAAUCACAUGUGGAAGCUCUUUGAAAACUUCCUUGUUGACAUUUGCAGGGCUUGCAACAAUACUAGUGACAGGAAGCAUGCUGACUUCAUAUUAGAGAAGUAUGUAACUGAAAUAGUGAUGAGUAUAGUUACGACUUUCUUCAGUUCUCCAUUCUCAGACCAGAGCACCACGCUGCAGACUCGACAACCUGUAUUUGUACAACUCUUGCAAGGAGUGUUCAGAGUAUACCACUGCAACUGGUUAAUGCCCAGCCAAAAAGCAUCGGUGGAGAGCUGCAUUAGAGUACUUUCAGAUGUAGCAAAGAGCCGAGCGAUUGCUAUCCCCGUCGACUUGGACAGUCAAGUCAACAACCUGUUCCUGAAAUCUCAUAACAUAGUCCAAAAAACAGCCAUGAACUGGAGAAUGACAGCAAGGAAUGCUGCACGGAGGGACUCCGUGAUGGCAGCUUCCAGGGAUUACCGAAAUAUUAUUGAAAGAUUGCAGGAUAUAGUGUCAGCUUUGGAAGAUCGUUUACGUCCCCUUGUCCAGGCUGAAUUAUCUGUACUGGUCGAUGUCCUUCAUCGGCCAGAGUUGCUGUUCCCAGAGAAUACCGAUGCAAGGAGGAAGUGUGAAAGUGGAGGUUUCAUUUGCAAGUUAAUAAAACACACUAAACAACUUCUGGAAGAGAACGAGGAAAAACUUUGUAUUAAAGUAUUGCAGACACUCAGGGAAAUGAUGACCAAAGAUAGAGGCUAUGGAGAGAAGGAACUUGAUCCAAGUCAAAUACAGAGGAAGCUUGAAGAUCGUAAAAGGGGUGAGGCACUCAGGCAGGUAUUGGUCAACCGUUACUAUGGCAACAUCCGCACAACAGGAAGAAGGGAGAGCCUCACUAGUUUUGGCAAUGGCCCACUAUCUUCUGGAGGCCCUAGUAAAGCUGGAGGAGGAGGAGGAGGGUCUGGUUCCAGUUCAGCAAGCCGUGCAGAGAUGAGCUUGGCAGAGGUUCAGUGUCAUUUGGAUAAAGAAGGGGCAUCCAAUUUGGUCAUAGAUCUCAUCAUGAAUGCCACCAGUGAUAGAGUUUUUCAUGAGAGCAUUCUUCUAGCCAUUGCCCUCCUAGAAGGUGGUAACACUAUUAUACAGCAUUCUUUUUUUUGCCGGUUAACAGAAGAUAAAAAAUCGGAAAAAUUCUUCAAAGUGUUUUAUGAUCGCAUGAAAGUUGCCCAGCAAGAGAUCAAGGCAACAGUCACGGUUAACACUAGCGACCUGGGAAAUAAAAAGAAAGACGAUGACUCAGACAGGGAUGUACCUGCCCGAAGAAAAGUGUUGAGGGAACCCCUGACCCAAAUUACGGAGGAAGCUCGAGAUCAGUUGGUCGAAGCCUCUGCUGUUACAAGGAAGGCAUAUAACACUUACAGGAGGGAAGCUGAUCCUGACGAACACUACUCGGCUGGGGAUGGUGCUCAGUCCGCAGCAGAAAAGAACAAAGACGAGCUGGAGAUGAGUCCUGUCAUCACGAUCAUGCAACCCAUUCUACGGUUCUUGCAGCUGCUGUGCGAAAACCACAAUCGGGACCUGCAGAACUUUCUGCGUUGUCAAAACAACAAAACUAAUUACAACUUAGUAUGCGAGACUCUGCAGUUUCUGGACUGUAUUUGUGGAAGCACGACUGGAGGGCUUGGACUUCUUGGUCUGUACAUUAAUGAGAAAAAUGUAGCACUGAUCAACCAGACGCUGGAAAGUUUAACAGAAUACUGCCAGGGACCGUGCCAUGAAAACCAGAACUGCAUUGCUACUCAUGAGUCCAAUGGGAUUGAUAUAAUCACGGCUUUAAUUCUCAAUGAUAUCAAUCCUCUGGGAAAGAAAAGGAUGGAUCUUGUACUGGAACUGAAGAAUAAUGCCUCCAAGUUACUUUUGGCGAUAAUGGAAAGUCGACAUGACAGUGAGAAUGCAGAAAGAAUCCUCUAUAACAUGAGACCCAAAGAACUGGUGGAAGUGAUAAAGAAGGCUUAUCUGCAAGGAGAAGUUGAGUUUGAGGAUGGAGAGAAUGGGGAAGAUCUUGCAGCAUCCCCCAGAAAUGUGGGCCAUAAUAUUUACAUAUUAGCCCAUCAGCUGGCUCGUCAUAACAAAGAAUUGCAGAACAUGUUGAAGCCUGGAGGUCAGGUAGAAGGAGAUGAAGCUUUGGAGUUCUAUGCCAAGCACACAGCUCAGAUUGAGAUUGUUCGAUCAGAUCGCACUAUGGAGCAAAUAGUCUUUCCUGUGCCCAGUAUAUGUGAGUUCCUCACCAAGGAAUCAAAACUGCGGAUCUACUACACCACAGAAAGAGAUGAGCAAGGCAGUAAAAUAAAUGACUUUUUCCUGAGAUCAGAAGACCUAUUCAAUGAGAUGAACUGGCAGAAGAAGCUAAGAGCUCAGCCAAUUUUGUACUGGUGCUCACGCAACAUGUCCUUCUGGAGCAGUAUUUCAUUUAACCUUGCAGUUCUUAUGAAUCUACUCGUAGCAUUUUUUUAUCCGUUCAAAGGAAUCAAAGGAGGUACUCUUGAGCCACACUUGUCGGGCUUACUGUGGACAGCCAUGCUGAUAUCGUUGGCCAUUGUUAUCGCCUUGCCUAAACCCCAUGGCAUUAGAGCUUUGAUUGCUUCCACAAUAUUGCGGCUAAUAUUUUCUGUAGGUUUACAGCCAACGUUAUUUCUCCUGGGAGCUUUCAAUGUUUGUAACAAAGUAAUAUUUCUGAUGAGUUUUGUUGGAAACUGUGGAACUUUCACUAGAGGGUACAAAGCCAUGAUCAUGGAUGUUGAAUUCCUUUAUCAUCUACUAUAUCUUCUUAUUUGUGCAAUGGGGCUGUUCGUUCAUGAAUUUUUCUACAGUUUGCUGCUUUUUGACUUGGUGUACAGAGAGGAGACCUUGCUGAAUGUCAUUAAAAGUGUGACUCGAAAUGGACGUUCCAUUAUCUUGACUGCUGUCCUUGCUCUCAUCUUGGUCUACCUGUUCUCAAUAGUGGGCUACUUGUUUUUCAAGGAUGACUUCAUCUUGGAAGUAGACAAAUUACCUAAUGAAACAUUAUUGCCAGAUCAGCACACUGAAACAGGUGAAAAAAUGACCAGGGAGUUCCUGUAUUCUGAUGUAUGUAGAAUACAGAACGGGGAAAACUGUUCUUCUGUUAUUCCUUCAGCAGAGCUGAUUUCUGCAGAAGCCGAGGAAGAGGAUAAAGAGCACACAUGUGAGACAUUGCUGAUGUGCAUUGUUACUGUGCUUAGUCAUGGCCUGCGGAGUGGGGGCGGAGUAGGAGACGUGCUCAGGAAACCAUCCAAGGAGGAACCCCUUUUUGCUGCAAGAGUGAUCUACGACCUUCUCUUCUUCUUCAUGGUGAUCAUUAUUGUCCUCAACCUGAUUUUUGGUGUUAUCAUUGACACCUUUGCUGACCUCAGAAGUGAGAAACAGAAGAAAGAAGAAAUAUUAAAAACAACUUGCUUUAUUUGUGGUCUGGAAAGAGACAAAUUUGAUAACAAGACAGUCACUUUCGAAGAGCACAUUAAAGAAGAGCACAACAUGUGGCACUAUUUGUUCUUUAUUGUCUUAGUGAAAGUAAAAGACUCCACUGAAUAUACAGGCCCUGAAAGUUAUGUGGCAGAAAUGAUAAAGGAAAGAAAUCUGGAUUGGUUCCCCCGGAUGCGUGCCAUGUCACUUGUGAGUAGUGAUGCUGAAGGAGAACAGAAUGAACUUAGAAAUUUGCAAGAAAAGCUUGAAUCUACUAUGAAGCUGGUAACCAAUCUUUCUAGUCAGCUGUCUGAGCUCAAAGAUCAGAUGACAGAACAGAGGAAGCAAAAGCAACGAAUUGGCCUCCUAGGACAUCCUCCUUCCAUCAAUGUGAACCCACAGCAACCAGCAUAAAUCGGAUGGGUAGUUAGUUCCCCCCAUCCCUUCACAACAAGAGUUGAGAUUCAACCCUUAAAGCUGCUUCUGUGUAUGUGUAGCUCAUUGUGUAAAUAACCAUGGGUUUUAUACUGUAUGUAUAGGAUUACCAUGGGAAAGAAUGGGUUUAUGUAUAUUGGCACAUUCUGGGAGUGGGGCUACAUUUGUGCCAAAAAAAUGCCUUUUUGUAGGAAGAAGUAUUGGGCGGAUCUGACUUGCACUUGAAGAGAAUUAUUGACUAAAAUAGUAUGUGAUCUGUAUUUUGUAUUUAAAAGCUUCAGAUAACUAGUAUUUAUGGGUUUUUAUACAGUUGUGCAAUAUGAAAUAUGCAGUCACAUAUAUGUGUAAUGUACUCCUGCGUGUCCUAAAGGGAGUGCAAAUCUUUGAAUCGGGUGUCGUCUUUUAAACGGCAUCAAAUGACAGCCGAGCAAGGCUGCUGCCAAACUGUGUUCCGAGGAAGGGUUUGUUUUCCAGGGCAUUUUUGUAACCUGCAGAGUCUAAGAGGUUGACAUAUCUUGUAGAUAGUAGCAGUUGUGCCUCUUCUUUCUGCCUCCACCCCUCACCCCCCGGUCCUCCAAAUUAUAUUUCUUAAACAAUAAAAAAAAGUUCCUAAAUGUUCUGGUUAUGAUCUGUUUUGAGUUGGCUUAGUCAACUGUUCCAUUUAAGUCCCAGGUAGGCUGUGGAAGAAGCUUACGCAUUCUUUUUCAGGAAGAAAUCAGAAUUCUCAAAGGGGACUUUUUCUCUUUGUGCAGAAGAACAGUUCUGCAUUGCUAGCAGAUCUUCCACAGGGGUUUUGUGCCAUAUCAGUUUAUAAAAACUCAGAAGAGCUUGCAGGUUCUACCACCUCAGACUGUAUCUGUGUACACUUUACUCUUGUGCGUUUAGGGGGAUGGUGUGUGUUUUUUGUACAGAAGAGUAUUCCCCAUAGCCAUUCACCACACUUAUUGAAGUAUGAACCGUCCCUUUUAGGACUUCUAGUUCAGCACUAAUUUUGUAAUACUUGCAAAAGAGCCACUGGAUUUGGAUCAUGUUUAAUUUUUCUUCCAUCUUGAUCACCUUAGUUUCUGUUGUUCCAGACAGCUAAAAAUAUGAAAUGAAAUGUUUUUAUAUACAUAUAUGUAUAAAUAUAUAUUAUAUAUAUAUCUGGCACCUAGUUUUGUACAUGAUCCUCAUUUUACAGAAGCUAAUUCUCUGCUUUUUUAAAAAAAGCAGAAUUAAGAGAAAGUGCUUAUUAAAGUUUGUAAAUGCAUAAAUACAUAGAUAUUUAAAUAAAUGAUAAUGUAAUAAUA